AUGAACCAAAUAACAUUUUUAAAAAAGGAUACAAAUUCUUAUCAAAUUUCUAUUCAUGCAGCUUUGAACUUUCUUAAAAAACAAAAAAAUAGUUCAACUGCAUCUUUAAGUGUUCGUAGAAUUGCUUUUAAUUAUAGAGUUGCUGAACAAACACUAUAUGAUGCU